AUGGAUGUAAGAUUUUAUCCAGCUGCAUCUGGAAGCGCUCUUCCCGGGGAUCCUUCCAACCUGGACUUUGGCCAGUGUUUGGGUUACUACAACUACAACAAGUUUGGCAACAACAAUAACUACAUGAACAUGGCAGAAGCAAAUAAUGCAUUUCUUACUGCAAAUGAGCAAACAUUCCAUACUCCAAGUCUUGGUGAUGAAGAGUUUGAGAUCCCACCAAUUACGCCGCCGCCUGAACUGGAUCCCACCAACCUAGGGAUGGCAGAUAUACUCUUGCCCUUCCAAGGCCUAACUGAUCAGUUGGCUGCUCAAGGAAAUGAAUUUACACCCCAGUUUCCACCGCAGAGCUUGGAUCUUCCUUCCAUUACAAUAUCUCGAAACCUCGUAGAGCAAGAUGGCGUCAUCCAAAGCAAUGGAUUACAUAUGGAUCAUAGUCACACAGACGUGCCACAGUAUCGCCAGGACCACUCUUUGAUUAUGAGAUCCAUUGUCCACAUGGCAGAUGCCACUCGUUCAGGAAUUAUGCCUCCUAACCAGCUGACCACCAUUAACCAAUCCCAGCUGAGUGCUCAACUUGGGUUGAAUUUAGGCGGUGCCAACUUGCCCCACACUUCUCCUUCCCCUCCUGCAAGCAAAUCUGCGACACCCUCACCAUCAAGUUCUAUAAAUGAAGAAGAUGCCGAUGACUCAAACAGAACUGCAGGAGAAAAGAGGGCUGCCCCAGAUUCUGGCAAGAAGCCCAAGACUCCGAAGAAGAAGAAAAAGAAAGAUCCCAAUGAACCACAAAAGCCAGUUUCAGCAUAUGCCCUCUUCUUCAGGGACACACAAGCGGCAAUUAAAGGGCAGAACCCCAAUGCUACCUUUGGAGAGGUGUCAAAAAUUGUAGCGUCUAUGUGGGAUAGCUUAGGAGAAGAGCAGAAACAGGUAUAUAAAAGGAAAACCGAAGCUGCCAAGAAGGAAUACCUUAAGGCACUCGCUGCUUACAGAGCAAGUUUGGUUUCCAAGGCGGCUGCUGAGUCCGCUGAAGCCCAGACGAUCCGUUCCGUUCAGCAGACCCUGGCGUCUACAAAUCUGUCCUCCUCCCUUCUCCUGAACAGCCCGCUUUCCCAACACGCGACGGUGGCCGCGUCGCCGCAGACUCUCCAGCAAUCCCUGCCCAGGGCCAUCGCCCCCAAGCCUUUGGCAAUGAGGCUGCCCAUGAACCAGAUUGUUGCCUCGGUCACCAUUGCCCCCAACCUGCCCACAAACAUUUCCACCUCGCUGAUCAGCUCCAUGGGAAGCAACAUGGCGGGCACGCCGGCGUCCUCCCAAGCCAGCCCCACCUUGCAGAGCCAGCAGCAGCAGCUGCUGCAGCAGAUGCAGCAGCAGCAGAUGCAGCAGCAGCAGAUGCAGCAGCAGCAGCUCCACCAGCAGCACAUGCACCAGCAGAUCCAGCAGCAGAUGCAGCAGCAGCAUUUCCAGCACCACAUGCAGCAGCACCUGCAGCAGCAGCAGCACCUGCAGCAGCAGCUGAGCCAGCAGCAGCUGCAGCAGCAGCUGCAGCAUAUGCAGCUCCAGCAAAUGCAACAGCAGCAGCUGCAGCACAUGCAGCAUCAGUCUCAGCCUUCUCCUCAGCAGCACUCCCCCGUGGCCUCACAGAUCACCUCCCCCAUCCCGGCCAUCGGCAGCCCGCCGCCAGCCGCCCAGCAGCACCAGUCCCAAAUACAAAGCCAGACACAGACUCAGCUGUUAUCACAGGCCAGUAUUUUCUGA